ACGACGGGCGCCAACCGCCGUUCGCCAGUACCAGUGGGCACCGUGCAGCCAACACCAACGCGCAACAGCGCAGCCCAAUAUACUGAGCUUCAUUCUUAGUGCCAUUCAUUCGUGCUGUAAAAGUUACAUUUUGCGCCUCUAUUAGAGUCGAAAAAAAUACAAUGAUUUUAUUACAUGUUUUACCGUUGCUGUAUAUUUUAACAAUUGGAUUGAAUUCAACGCAGGGUCAGUCAUUAGUGUGCCCGGCCGUACGUACGAGCAGCGGGUGGCUGGAUUUAUUCCCUUUGCCCUGCAAGAAGCAUUCCGAAUGCCGCCUCAUGAGCAAGGAACAUUUGUGUUGCAAAGGGUUUUGUACAAAGGGUGCCAAGGCUGCAGCUGCGUUACAAAGCACAAACAACCAAUUGAGCCAGAGUAGUAUAGUCGAGCCGAGUAGUACAAGCACAAGCACCUCCACCAGCACAAGCACAAGCACAACUACCACUACAACCACUACAACCACUACCACGACCACGACUACAACUACCCCAAGUACCACCAGUUCGACGACCACGACAACUACGACGCCGCCACCACCACCACCGCCCCCGCCGCAGACAACGGUCGCCGACAUUUCUCUGCCGUUCCUGCAACUGUUACCCAUACAAAGAGCAGAAGCAACUACCCCAGUCGCUGUCACGCAAGUUAAAACUGGCAACAGCAUAACAUCUGACGUAACAUACUCACGUACACGUAAUUUUGGUACUGCUUAUGGGUAUAAUGUGGAUUACUCGAGUGCAGGCAAAACACAGAAAUUGGUGUGUCCCAAACCGGGACAAUCGCCGGUGAUAUUGUUCCCGAUUCCAUGCGAGAAUAACGCGCAAUGCCGCGCAAGCAGUGGACCCGAUCAAGUAUGCUGCGAAAAGCGUUGCGUGAAAGGAGCUCCGGCGCCGCGGCCUACCUCUGCCCCUCGAACACACCAACCUCUUCUGGGCGUCGUACCCCGUGAGUGUCCCUCUGCUCCUCUAGGAGAACUCUUAUUCGAAGUGCAGUCUUGCAAGAGUGACUCGGACUGUUGGCCGCGGAUAUGUUGCCCGGACGGCACGCGAUCCUACUGUCGCACCGCACGGGCCCGUCUCGACCUUGUACCCAUUGCCAACCAAAUCGAUGGACCUGUGCGAAUGCUGGAGCAGUACUUGCAGUGCACGGCGCCUCCACAAUAUGACCUGUUCCCGCAACGUUGCAGCUCCAGUGUAGAUUGCUUCCCAAAUCUAUGUUGUGCUGAAGGAGGCAAGAAACAUUGCCGACCUCCAAAACGGAGUCUACUUUCUUUACUAGCUGGAGUUACACAGAGAGUGGGUUCCACACUUGGCAGCCUGCGACAAUUUCAAGCAAACAGCAACAAUGUGUAGAUCACUUCAAGAUAUUUAGUGUAAUAUUUAUAUGUAUUGUUUUUAUUUUUUUACUUUUGUACAGUACUUUUAUAAAUAAACUUA